CUAAAAAUAAAUAAAUAAGAAGAGAUGUCUUCAUCAUUUUUCAACACAAGACUUAUUGGAUCCAUAUGGCACGUAGUCACAGGUGGAAAAAGUGGUCUUCCUCCCGAUCCCGGCCCUAAACCACAAAUGUCGCCACCAAAUAACCAUUUUGUGGGACAUGUACCACGUCCUCUCCGUCACGGAGACGUCGUGGUUAUUAAAGGAAUGGUUGCAGAUGAACCAGAAAAGUUUUCCAUCAACCUCUGCUGCGACCACCAUUUUCCCCCCAGAGAAGUGGCCUACCACAGCAAGACAAUAUUUCCCGCUUCCGAGGGGGACCCAGACGAAUCCCACAUAGUGACAAAUCAAAAAGUGGGGAACGAGUGGCAACAGCAAAGUGAGCCCCAUUCCAACCCUUUUCGACCAGGGGCGGAGUUCACCAUCAGCAUACAUUUGGAGGAGGAUGGCAUCGUGACAUACGAGGGACAUAGUAAUUUUGUGCACGAGUGUCUGCAUUCGCAUGAUGUGGGUGAUAUUAAGAGUGUUCAGGUGUGGCAUGAUGUUAGACAUGUGAGGGAAUUGACUUUUAGGUUCGCGGAAUAGGAUAGAAAUAACUCCGACCUAAGGCAUUUAUAUUAUAGAUCAGUAAGUCUACCAAUUAGGUCAUUCUUUUACAAACCGUACCUUGACAUUUUAGAAUUGGCUGAAAUUUUUUUACAGAUAUCAU